AUGGCUCCACGGCUGUGCAGCAUCUCUGCGGCGGCGCGGCGGCUGCUGGGUGGCCCGGGCCCCCGUGCCGGGGAUGCUGCGGCUGCGGCUGCGGCUGCGGCUGCGGCACGCUUCUAUUCCAAGGACAACGAAGGCAGCUGGUUCCGCUCCCUCUUUGUCCACAAGGUGGAUCCCCGGAAAGAUGCCCACUCAACCCUGUUGUCCAAGAAGGAGACCAGCAAUCUAUACAAGAUCCAGUUUCACAAUGUGAAGCCUGAGUGUCUGGAUGCCUACAACAGCCUGACGGAGGCCGUGCUGCCCAAGCUGCACCUGGACGAGGACUACCCAUGCUCGCUCGUGGGCAACUGGAACACGUGGUACGGGGAGCAGGACCAGGCAGUGCACCUAUGGCGAUUCUCUGGUGGCUACCCAGCCCUCACGGACUGCAUGAACAAGCUCAAAAACAACAAGGAAUACCUGGAGUUCCGGGAGGAGCGGAGCCAGAUGCUGCAUUCCAGGAGAAACCAGUUGCUCCUUGAGUUCAGCUUCUGGAAUGAGCCAGAGCCCCGAGCAGGCCCCAACAUCUAUGAGCUGAGGACGUAUAAGCUCAAGCCGGGAACCAUGAUCGAGUGGGGGAACAACUGGGCCCGGGCCAUCAAGUACCGGCAAGAGAACCAGGAGGCAGUGGGCGGCUUCUACUCGCAGAUAGGAGAGCUCUACGUUGUGCACCAUCUCUGGGCCUAUAAAGACCUGCAGUCUCGGAACGAGACUCGAAAUGCUGCCUGGAGGAAGACGGGCUGGGACGAGAAUGUCUACUACACAGUCCCGUUGGUGCGACACAUGGAGUGUCGGGUCAUGAUCCCCUUGAAGAUCUCACCUCUGCAGUGAUGUUGCCUCCACAUCCUUGCCUUUCUCCCUCAGGUCCUGGUUCUGCUCACAUCGUUUCUUCUCAGAUCUGCAGGGGUUUGGGGGGCAGUGCUCAGCUCAGGCAAGGGGGUGCUGAAGGAUGAUAAGGUCUGAGAUUUGCAGCUGUGCCCAGACCCUGCCUGCCUUCCCUGGCCUCUUCCUUCCCUUCCUGCUGGAAAGUUUCUUGUUUCACUGACAGAAGAAUAGCAGCCUUUUAUGUCUUCCCACAUCUUCUCCUAAGAUUCCUCAGCUUAAAGCCCUAGCCCUUAGUUAUCACCACAGAAAUUCCCAAUUGCACUUUAGUUGCCCAAAAGGUAGUGUGUCCAGUGGUUAGUAGUGGGGUGGGAAGAGAGGUGGUUGGCACUGUGCCAGGUCCUCAGGAGCUCCCUGGCCUCCACUGGGCCAGACAGUCUGAGUCAAGUCCCUCCUGCUGGGGACAAGCCUGGAACUGCCAAAAACUCUCAUAUCAGCAGGAUCAGGAGGAAGUCAGCACAUUCCAUGGGGGGGUGGCGGGGAGGAUGGGCUGGGAGAAGGGACGGGGGAUGGGAAAGAUUUCGAGGCAGGAGAUGGAACAUGGGAUCAGGGAACCCAGAAAGCAGACCCAGGUUUGAAUUGCAGAAUUUGGAAUCCAGAAUUAGGAAGAUAGAAUAGAGGUGACUGAAGACCACUUGGGGAGGGAUUCUAAUACAAGACAGACGAGGAGAAAUUCAUUUGUUUUUCCCUAAGUAAUGGGGUUGAGACCUUGAAUGUGUAGUUCCAGUGUCUCCCACCCUCUUCCCUGCUUCAGGCAAAGGGACAAAAGCAGGGCCUGUGUUUCCCCCACUGGCAUUCCUUUUUCCCCACUCCACAUUCCAUUAGCCCAACAACCCUCAUUUUACUGGGACACCGGGAGUAUAGAAUGGGGUGAGUCAUUCUGGGUGCCUCCUCCAUGAACCUCAUACCUCAUGAACCCCUUGCUUGCUUGAUUGUGCCUCCCAUCCAGAAAAAGUUGUACUGGAGUUGCUGAUGGAACCAAUUAAAUAUUUACUGUAAA